AUGUUCCGUUUAUUUCACAUGAUUUUCUUAGAAUCGCCGCGCACACCGCCAUUACGAGCACGAUACAAGGAAGUGACAAUCAACGGUCAGACGAUGAAGCUGAAGUAUUGCCUCACGUGCAAGAUAUUUCGGCCGCCGCGCUCGUCGCACUGCAGCAUAUGUGACAAUUGCGUAGAAAACUUCGACCAUCAUUGUCCAUGGGUCGGAAACUGUGUCGGCAAGCGGAACUACCGUUAUUUCUACACGUUUGUCGUUUCGCUGUCGAUCCUGUGCGUCUAUGUCUUCGCCUGUAUCGUCGUACACUACGUUCUACGUAGGUUCCUGUGCCCGUUGUUGUUAUGUCAUCAGGGUAUCAGGGUCAAGGACAGUGGGUUUCCAGAUUAG